AUGGUCCCUUUGCGCCAGGACAUCCGGGAAGAGGGCAUCUGCCCCAUCUGCCAAGAGUGCCUGAAGGAGGCGGUGAGCACUGACUGCGGACACCUCUUCUGUCGAGUGUGCCUGGCACGGCACCUGGAGGAGACCUCGGCCUCCGGAGUCCGCAGCUGUCCCCUCUGCCGAAAGCCCUGUUCCGAGGGGGUCCUGGGGGCUGGCUACACCUGCCGCAGACACCAGAAGAAGGUGUGCUGGUUCUGUGAGGAGAGCAGACAUCUUCUGUGUAUGGAAUGCCGGGUGUCCCCUGAACACAAGUCUCACUGUGAACUGGCCAUUAAAAAUGCCAUCAGCCACUACAAGGAACGACUCAAUCGCAGGAGCAGGAAGCUCAGAAAGGACAUCUGCGAACUCCAGCGGCUCAGGGCUCAGGAGGAGAAGAAACUGCAGGCUGUGCAGUUUCAGGUAGACUGUGGGACCCACAGGCUGGAGGCUGAGUUGGAGACCCAGCACCAAACCCGGAGACAGCUGGAGGCCCUCUCUCAGCAGCAGCCAGACCAGUUGGAGGAUGUGCCAGCAGAGAUGUCCAGAAUCUUUGACAUCUCCAGGGCAAUAGUGCAACUCAGCAGGCUGGUCACUGAUCUGGAGAGGAUGGCCAGGAAACUGGAUGCCAACCUGCUGAAGGACGCCAGUGACUUAUUGAACAGGAGCACACCAGAGCAAUUAGAGGCUGUUUAUCCCAACUUAGAGAAGAGACUUGACGAAUCACUUGUUCAGCCAUCCUCGGCAGAUCUGACCUGUUCAUCCCUGGGCCACCUCAUCUCAGACUCACCUCAGCCUCCUGGCUUUCAUUCUCCCAACCUGUCCAGCCUCCCAUUGGGUCUACCUAGUGCGCCUUCAGUCCUGCCCUGUCCUGAGCAUGAUCCCCUCUCCUCAUCCCCACAGUUGUGA